AUGUCGGAGUGUGGUUUUUGUGGUCGAAAGGCUGGCUCAUCCCCAUCAUUUCCCCUUCUCCUUUGCACUUCUUGCCUCUCAACCGUCUACUGCUCUCACGAACACCAGACUCUCGAUUGGCCAAGACACAAGACAAAGUGUUGUCAAUUUGUCGAAACGCGCAAAGGAAACGGUCGAUUCUCACCGCAAUUGGUCGGCAGUUGGUCAUCCGGUCACUUCUCGGCGAUCAGCCUCGACAGCGUCGCGUCUAACUCUGUUGAGAAUUUACCGACGCUUACAACUCUGAUGAAUCCGGGAUCGUCAUCCUCUUCUUCAUCAAGAGGCCUCCCUCCUCCUCAACACCCACACAAUCAUCCACAUCCCGAUUUCUCAGCUCCUCCACCAAUCUCAAUCCGAGAAAUGGUCGAACAACAAGCCAACCUCCAAGCAUCACUCAACUCCGGACUGCUUGAUCAAAUCGCCGCCAGUUUGGCUGCUGCAAACCCUACCAUUUCAUUGGGGCUGGCCCCCGCACCGCCGAGUGGUCUCCCCGCUCCCCAGCCAAUGAAAAUCGACAAUCACAUGGCUUCACUUUUCUCACUUCUUCAAGCAAGAUCGAAUUCGUCGUUCAUGUGUCAACCAACAUUGCAAUCGAUCAAUCAACCAUUGAACCAAGCGAAUCUUCUUGCUGCUUUACAGGCGCUCACCACCCCAUCCACCCAAUCGGCUCCACCCCCACCCCUCAUCGGUUCAGCACUGCCAAUCGCUCUUCAAAAAGCCAUCGAAAGACAACAACGAGAACAACAAGAAAUUCAAUUCCAACCACAACAGCAACAGCAGCAACAACAACAACAACAACAACAGCAACAGCAACAACAACAACAACAACAACAGCAACAACAACAACAACAGCAACAAAUAUUGUUGGAGGAACAACAACGAAUACAGCAACUUCAACAAGCACAACAAGCUGAGGAAAGAGCCAGGAUUGAAGGACAAGUCGAGGUUGAGAGGAUGUUCAUCGACAGACAAAGGAAAUUCAGUGCAUCAAGCGACGGCUCUCGCAUCUCAAUUCCCCAUCCCUCAUCACUGAUCGGAUCAUCGCCACCGGCCAUAUCCCAACACAACUUCACAAACCACUCCUCCACUGUGCCCACCCUCGAUCAAUCCCAUCUCGCCUCAUCAGCUGUAGCCUCUUCAUCAAUCUCUUCACAACCCGUCGCUUCAUCGUCGAUCUCAUUGCAACAAUUGGCAGCCACUGCCUCUUCCCACCGUCCACUUGGCCUUCAUCCACUUCAUCCAUCAUCAAGUGUCUCAAUUCGUCCAUCCACUUCAUCCACUCCGUCUUCGGUCACUCUUCAACCGAUCAUAUCGGCUCUUUCAAAUAAGACGCUCAGCCAGGACGACGACGACGAGAUACAGAUAGUUGCGGGCAGCUCCUCCGGCGAUUCCACUUCACAAUCGAGCUUUUGCCCGUCUCGUGGUUGUCGCAAACGGGCUCAAGGCAGCGAUCGACCGGCAAAACCGAAAAUCGAUCAUUCGAGGAAUAUUCUCUACAAGACAACCAUGCAAGAACACCAGAAACAUUUGUUGAACAAGGGCCUUGUGCUGAACACUCAUCAAUCGAUGAUCAUGAGGCUACGGUAUAUCGCCGAGCAUGUGAUCCGAGCGUUGAACGAGUUCGGCUGGGCUGUUGUCGAUAAUUUCCUUGGUUCCGAACAGUGCAAAUUCACGUACAAAGAAAUCGAGCGCUUGUAUGAUCGAGGUCUUUUUACGGCGGGACAGGUGGCCGAUGGGAAAAGUCGAGAUGGAGAUCAUAUUCGAGAUAUUCGAUCAGAUUAUAUCUACUGGUUCGACGGAUCGGAUCGACGAGCCGAGGACGCGGCCACCGUUCGGCUUCUCGUUUCGAUGAUCGACUCGGUGAUUCUUCAUUUCAACAAACGCAUUCCGCCGUACACGAUCGCCGGACGGAGUCGAGCAAUGAUCGCAAUCUAUCCGGGCAACGGCACUCGCUACGUAAAACAUGUGGACAAUCCGAUGAAAGACGGCAGAUGCAUCACGACGAUCUACUACUGUAAUGAGAACUGGGAUGUUGAUAGGAACGGUGGAGCCCUUCGUCUCUAUCCGGAAACCUCGGAAGUGCCAAUGGAUGUCGACCCGAAAGCGGAUCGUUUAGUUUUCUUUUGGUCGGAUCGUCGAAAUCCGCACGAAGUGAUGCCCGUCUACAGACAUCGCUUCGCUAUCACAAUCUGGUACAUGGAUAAAGAGGAACGCCAGGACGCUUUGGAGAGAAUGCAACACUCGGACACAGAACAUGAAGGAAGAUUGAGAAUUGAAAGUGGAGAUGUGGAAGUGGAAAAGAAAAGAAGUCCACCGAUCGAUGCACAUCUAUCGAAAGAUAUACCUAGAACGAAACCAUUCCGAAAUGCAUAUCCAAAUAGAACAUCUCGUGGUGAUGAUGGCACAGUGGACAGCGGUGUGGAGGACAAUGCCUCGAUUAUCUCCGGUUCAGCUCAUCCACCACCACGACGCACGCAUCUCCCCCGUGCACCCCGAGUCUCAUCGCAAGCUGGAAGUGUUGCUCAAGAUCGAAUCGCCGAAGAGCGGGCCUCCGUUGCAUCAGAAGAGGGUAACGAUCUCCCGGCUGGACACGAUGUCAACCCAGAAUAUGUCAUU